AUGGCGGCGGCCGCCGCUGGGCUGAGCUGGAGGCGGGUGUCUUCCUUCACGGGGCCGGUGCCGCGCUCCCGUCACGGGCACCGCGCGGUCGCCAUCCGCGAGCUGGUCAUCAUCUUCGGAGGCGGCAACGAGGGCAUCGCCGACGAACUGCAUGUCUACAACACGGCUACAAAUCAGUGGUUCCUUCCUGCUGUAAGGGGAGAUAUUCCUCCAGGCUGUGCAGCACAUGGAUUUGUUUGUGAUGGUACCAGAAUACUAGUCUUUGGAGGAAUGGUUGAAUAUGGAAGAUACAGUAACGAUUUAUAUGAAUUACAGGCAAGUCGAUGGCUCUGGAAGAAAGUAAAACCUCAAGCUCCUUCCACUGGAUCUCCGCCUUGUCCUCGACUUGGCCACAGCUUUUCUUUGUAUGGUAACAAGUGCUACUUAUUUGGUGGCCUCGCAAAUGAAAGUGAGGAUUCAAACAAUAAUGUUCCCAGAUAUUUAAACGAUUUCUACGAGCUGGAGCUGCAGCACGGAUCUGGGGUUGUUGGCUGGAGUAUUCCUGUGACAAAAGGGAUCUUGCCAUCUCCCCGAGAAUCACACACGGCCAUUGUGUACUGCAGAAAAGAUUUGGGAGUUCCAAAGAUGUAUAUUUUCGGAGGGAUGUGUGGCUGUCGGCUCAACGAUCUCUGGGAACUUGACAUAGAAACCAUGACCUGGUCAAGACCAGAAACUAAAGGGACAGUACCACUUCCUCGCAGUCUGCAUACGGCCAAUGUAAUAGGAAACAAAAUGUAUAUUUUUGGUGGAUGGGUUCCACAGUCAGCAGGAGGAGAAAUUUCUACUCAUGAUGGUGAAUGGAAGUGUACUGGUUCAUUUGCUUAUCUUAAUUUGGAUACCACAGAAUGGAUAGGCCUGAUCUCAGAUUGCCACGAAGACAAAAGUAACUUGUUACCAGGGCCAAGAGCAGGACACUGUGCUGUAGCAGUUGGCACUCGUCUGUAUAUCUGGAGUGGUAGAGAUGGUUACAGAAAAGCUUGGAACAAUCAAGUUUGCUGCAAAGAUCUUUGGUACCUUGAUACUGAGAAACCUCCAGCCCCCUCACAGGUCCAGCUGAUUAGAGCUACAACCAACUCCUUCCAAGUGAAAUGGGAUGAAGUACCCACUGUUGAAGGAUAUCUUCUUCAAUUACAUGCUGACUCACCGGUGCCAUCAGCAGCUGGAACACCUGGCACUGGGGUUCCUGAGACAUCGGUGCUGAGUUCACAAGGUGGCUCUUCUCUACAUCAAAGUCCACAAUCGUUGCCCAGUGUCCCCUGCCCAGAAAUGAAGGUGGAUCAUCCCAGCCAAGCAAAUAAUGUCAUUCCUAAUAACGUCCAACUUUGCCUUUCAUCCAACUCGCUCUUAAAAAUAGAAGGAAAAGAGAAGGUUGCAGCACCCGAAAACAAGAUUACACAGGAGACCAUGAAAAACCGUGCAGACACGACAGCGUUCAAGGAAUCAAAUGCCCCUUCUCUUUUGCCUGUUUGUACUUCAAGUCCUCAGACUUCAGCAAAUGUAGGUGAAUUACAUGACUUGGACAAACGAACUGUAAUUCCUGAUGCUUCUGUAUCCAGUACUGUCUCCAGCACACAAACUAUGGUAACCCAGCAGGCUGUUAAAACUGAAUCAUCAAGUACAAAUGGGGCAGUUGUUAAAGAUGAAACUUCACUAACAACAUUCAAUUCAAAAUCUGAAGCUGCUGAAACUGCUUAUUUCAUGCCUUCAACAAAGGUCAAUACUGGACAGGCAAAUGAUUCACAUUCCUCUAGAACUCCACAAAGACAGAUGGCACCGGUGAAGUCAAGGGAACGGCAGUGGUAUGAUGUUGGAAUUUUUAAGAACAGCAGUGCUGUGGUGAGCCAGUUCUACUUGCUGCCUGAGGAAACUCUGAAUGCCUCUAACAAGAAGGAAGAUGCAGACGUACCAGACUACAGGUUACUUAAGAAGCAGGAUCUUUUUCCGGGCACAGUGUACAGGUUUAGAGUUGCUGCAAUUAAUGGCUGUGGUGUUGGGCCUUUCAGUAAAGUGAGUGAAUUCAAGACAUGCAUUCCAGGUUUUCCUGGAGCUCCUUCAACAGUCAAAAUCACUAAGAGUGUAGACUGCAUUCAUCUUUCUUGGGAGCCUCCUGCUUCACCUUCUGGCAAUAUUUUAGAAUAUUCUGCCUACUUAGCAAUACGUUCCACACAGUUGCAGGAAAACCCGAAUCAGCUUGUAUUUAUGAGAAUAUAUUGUGGCCUCAAGACAUCUUGUGUAGUGACUGCUGCCCAGCUUUCAAACGCUCACGUGGAUUACACUUCCCGACCUGCAAUAGUGUUCAGGAUUUCUGCAAAGAACGAGAGGGGCUAUGGACCGGCCACACAAGUUCGAUGGCUUCAAGAUAUGAAAACAUCAAGCUCAAAGUAGAGGCAGCGUAACGCAUUUCAAGUUUCGAAUGUAGUGUUUAAUGUAACUCCUGUACUAUUUGUAAAUGCUACAAAUAUUUUAUUUUUGCAUUGUUUUUAUCUUAAAAGUAUAUAACCUUUUUUACGUUUGAGACAUCGGCGUUAUAUAGCCUUGCUCAGGUCUGAGUACCAGAUAGGAAUGAUACUGAAGAUGCUGGAGUGGAGGACCAUACUCUAUCCAGCAGCUCUUUUUUGUAGUGAUAAUUAAAAUGUCAUUAAAUAUAUCAGUUUUCAAAUUAAAAAAAAUAAAUUGGCAGUAGUAUUUGAGGUAGAGUUCCCCAUGAUUGCCACAGAUCUUGCAUAGACAAUUCAGGAAGAUUUGGUAUGUGAGAGAAUUCUGUUUGGUUUCAGUGUCUUACACCAAAUUCUUCCUUGUGGUGUCUGAGUACAAGGCAGAAUUUUCAGUUAUUAUAUAGUAACUUAAAACAUAAAUAUUUUAAUAUAUACUUUUUUGUAAAAAAAAAAAAAAAAAAAAAAAAAAAAAAAGAAAGAGGACAAAAACAAAAAUGAUUUUUUUACUCUUUGUAACAAAUAUAAUUCUGAAAGAUAUUCCCCUGAAAAUUUAAAAGGAAAAAGAUAAACUCCAUCAUUUCUCUCAUUACAAAAAAAAAAAAAGAAAUGUAAAUUCAUUGUAAAUGCACUACUAAUAUUUAGAAUGGUCCUUUUGUAGUUGUACAAAUCUUCAGCUUGUAAAUACCAAUGUUUACAAGAGACCUUUGUGGUCUUGUAUUAAAACUUCCACGAGAUUCAUUCUCUUUUUUUUUAUUUUAAACCCAUAUGCUUUGCUUUUAGCAUAUGCUUGCUUUUUGCACUAAUAAUAACUUACCUCAUUUCUGUGUUUGUAAUCACUUGUGUUGCUUCCAUCAUGUUUCUGUACAACUUCAAUCUGAAAAUUUUAACCAAAGUUUAGAAUACAUGGUAAGCAAUUUUGCACAUACUGUAUGGCAACUAUCAACAUAUUUAUUCCAGUUAAUCUUCUUAAGUGCUUGUUUGCUUUACCAGUAUAUUCUACCAAUCAAGUUCCGUAUCUCCUUUUACUAUGCAUCAUUUUACAUUAACUAGCUAGCUGAUAAGUUCAACAAGCAUUACUUCUAGGAAUAGGUUGAUCCAUUCCUACGCUAAAUGGGAAAAAAAAAGUGUUCACAGUAGUGAAAUAAAGGUAAACAUUUUAAAUGCUAUUUAUGUAUCUAUAUAUAAACCUAUGUUUACCAAAGUGUAGAGGAAAAUGGCUGAGUCGGACAAGGUCAUUAGGUGAGUAGAUGGAGGCACCUAAAUGAGAUUUAUUUUAAAAUAAAAUCUAAAUUACUUACCUGUGCAAUGAAGUUUAUACUUUGCACUUUAAUUUUGCCCUGAAUGCCAAAAUAUUACACAUCAAGGUAGGAUUGCUUGCCUCUGUCAGUUAAAUUUGUCUUAAGAGCAUUUGUAAAUAACUCAACUAAAAAAAACAAAACAAAACAAAUGAUGUGCCUGGUUUGGUGGGAGAAGUAUUGCUGCGGCGUGAGAGGUGUAACAGCUCACAUGCUGAGCAGAUUUUAUAGCCAAGUUUGAGCUACCCUGCAAGUCAGGGUUGUAACAGAAGUGCUGAUACAGCCUUAAUUAUCGCAACACAUCACAAGCUAUAGUAGCGUAUAAAAAGUGCUGGGGACCAUUAAUUGCUGUAAUAGUGUUAAUUGUGGCACAGGAGUAACACAUGGUCUUACUCCAGAGAAAAAUCUUGUGAUUAUGACAAUGGCAGAUAUCCCAGACUCACUUUAAACAGUGUUUAUAGUAUGAAUGUAUAGGAUUUUUCCAGGCGUUAACUGGCUUUAAAAUACUUGUGUUUUAAUGAUCCAUUUCAUCAGGUAUGAUCUCACCACCAAUACUGUCUGAUAAUUGAAAUUUUACUGUACAUGAGCUGUUAACUAGAGAAAAUAUAACUUGGUUUUCCUUAUUAGUACUGUGAAAGAAGCCUUUAGAGAAAACACUUGUGGCUUUGGUUUUGUUGGUUGAUAGCUGUGAUCGUAGAGUUGUUAUUUAAGAAUAAAAUCUGUUGGGUUAUGUCUGGGUGGAGUUUUUUUGCACUUGGUUUCACAUGCUUUGCACAAUUUGUUUUUCAGUGGGUGUGUCACAACUACCACAGGGUACAGCUGUGGCGUUUUCAAUGAAAGUAUGAUUUCCUUGUAAGUGUGCUUUCUCCAGCUGACUCGACAUGAAAUGUCACUUUCUCUUCUUUGUCCGAGCUGGGUGAUGUUGGAUAGUGACCAUAUGCAAAUCCAGUUCCUUACGGUUUUACUUUCAAAUGCAAUUGUGGUACAUGCUGUAAAAUACACUUGGUGGUCUGUUUUUAAGAUUGUGUUUCUAACAUGUCUGAAUCCCACCCGUUUGCCUGCUAACUAGAUACCAGGCAAAUACUGAUUGUUCAAUUUGGAAUUAAUUUAAAGAACACUCUUGACGUCGACUCCUUGGGGAUCUGUGUUAUCCAUUUGUUUCACGAGUCACUAAACAAGGUGUAAGAAGCUGAAAUCUGUCGGGCAGCAGUGCCCGUGUUGUAGGGAUGUCUAGGAUUACUCAGUUCAUGAGGGAUGUUGUGCCAGGUACGGCAGGCGCCGCUACAACUUCACCGUUGGAAUGUUCUUGUGAAAGUGGGAAUAAAGUGAACGAGAACCUACACUUUGUGUUUUCAAAGUAAUUAUAGCAAUAUCUUUUGAAUGUAGUUUGGAGUAGAGCACACGAUCAUGCCAUAAACUCUGAAUAUAAAAUAAGUAUUACUGUUGUUAUCUGAUAUUUCAGGAUAGCGAAUUUGACGUGAACUUAGUCUUACAGCCUGUUACUUAAUGACCUCUACAAGGAAACUGACAUUUUGUACAAUUAAAGUUGAUUGGUCUUAUUUCAAAGCGUUGUUUGUUCUUUGUAAUAAAGUGGUUGUCCUAUCAAACGCAUUGUAAA